UGCAAAAAAAAACACGGUCAAGUCCAGAGGCUUUCUGUCAGUAAUGUCACGUUAAACGUCACAGAGAGCUGACGGUUCUGUCUUACAGCUGGAAUGCAGAGAUGAUUUGCCCCGUCGCCCUCCUGGUUGUCUUCAGUCUCUCAGUGUCUCAGUGCCAUGGCGCCUGUGCGGAGGUGGACUCUCUGACUGAAGCCGUGGCGGGGGAAGGCUUCCUGCUGGGCUGCAUCUCCUGCAAGAGGAGAGAGGAGGUGUCCGCCCAGAGCACCGUGGACUGGCACUUCAAACCGCCGGGAGAGGAGGAGUUCAGGCAUAUUUUCCACUAUGACCACCCCAGUGCCCAAAUCCUCCACGAGGAUUUCGACGACCGCCUGGAGUGGCGCGGGACGAGAGCCAGCGACAUUCAGAUAGGAGCCAUCUACAUUCUCAACGUGACCUUCAAUGACACGGGCAUGUUCCGCUGCUCCAUCAACCGCACCCUCUUCCUGCCGCAGUACGAGGAGAACGUCCUCGUGGAGAAGGAGGUGGAGCUCACCGUGGUGGCCGUAGCCAAUCGGGAGCUGACCGAGGUGGUCUCAGAGAUCAUCAUGUACGUGCUGAUCGUGGUUCUGCAGCUGUGGCUCGUUGUGGUUCUGAUCUACUGUUACAAGAAGAUUUCGGGAGAGCAGGAGGCGCGCGACGCCCGUAAAGCUCUCAAGGCCCAGGCAGGGCUGUUAGAAUCGAAAGACACGUGUGACAUGGUGCAGCUAGAGUGACCGCAGCGUGUUCGAUUAUUGGCCUUUUUAUUUUAAAUCCUACAGGUAAUAAGAUCCUCUAGUGAAGCUUCAUGAGUUAAAGAGGCGGUCACACGAUGACAGGUCGAGUCAUUUGCAGCCUGCAGGAUUGAGAGUGCAUGGAGGUGUCAGACUUCCUUCAGACGUCAGUGGAACGGCCGUAAGGUAUAAGGUAAAAGGCCUUCAGUGCAGGGGAUCCAAUGGGCGAUUAUUUCAACUGUUUAAGAUAUAAGUAUCUUUGAUGUGAUUCACAAUGUGAUUCAUUUUAUUAAUCAUGAGCACAUGAAAUGUUCAAUUACUUUCUUUUUCCUUUUUCGGUAAUGUGUUUUAUCCAAACUAAACAACACAAAAAAUAUGAUGCUGUAAUUUAGGCUGUUAAUCGCUUAAAUGGUUGUCCUAAUAACUCAUCAGUGUGCAAUGCUAAUGAAAAUAUGUAUUGUCAAAAAAGGAAUUUUAAUAAAAUGGCUUUGUGCAAA